AUGCUGGGUUGUCCGAGUUUCCUCCUCGCGCCGCCGUUCUAUUUCAAGGCGCCGGGCGACGAGGGCCUGUUCGACUGGUUCGCCGCCGUGCUGCGCGGGUUGGGCCCGAAGGCCAGCAACGUCAUCCUCUAUCACAUCCCGCAGGUCACUUCGGUCGGCCUUUCGAUCGAUCUCGUCGACCGUCUCAAGAAGGCCUUUCCAGAACAGGUGAAGGGCGUGAAGGAUUCGUCCGGCAGCUGGGACAAUGCCCAGGCACUGCUGAAGCAUCACGGCGAGCUGCACAUCCUGAUCGGCGACGAGCGGCUGCUCGCCAGGGCAAUGAACCUCGGCGCAUCGGGGGCGAUCACCGGUCUGGCCAACAUCGCACCCGACCUGAUGCGGCCCUUGAUCGAUGGCGUCGAAGAACCGCGUGUGAACGCGAUGGUCGAGGCGAUCGCCGCGCUGGCCCUGCUGAUCGGGCUCGCCGUCGGUGGCCUGCUCACCCUGGCAAAGCUGGCGGGCGGCGUGCGCGGCGUCGUCGCCACGACGCUGAUCGGCCUGAUGCGCGCGGCGCCGACCUUCGUCGUCAUGUUCUUCCUGCUGAACAUCAUCCCGUCGGAUGCGACCCUGUUCGGGAUUCCUGUCGCACCGUCGGGAAUCAUGACGGUGGCCCUGUCGCUGGUGCCCUAUGCCGCGGCUUACGUCGCCGACAAUGGCAGCGAGGCGCUGCGGCAGUUGCGUGACGGCUCGCCGCUCGGUGCGCUGCUGUUCCUGCCCAAUGUCACCCGCGCCUUCUUCGUGUUGGUCAUGUCGUCCAGCGCCGGCGCCGCCAUCGGCGUGCCCGAGGGCAUCGCGGUGAUCCUGCGCGAGGCCGAGCCGAUGCCGACGCUGGGCGACAAGAUGGUUCUGUUCUCCAUCGGCAUCCUCUGCUUCGGCGUCACGCUGCAGGCGGGCGGUACGGACGAACCUGCGACUGACCGACAUCGAGCUGAAGAACUUCUUCCGCGAAUCGCGCUAUUUCGAUGCGACGCAAGGCAAGGUCCAGGGCAGGGUGGCGCUGGCCGGCAAUGGGCGUUCGCUGGCGCAGGUGAUGGGAACGGCCAACGGCCACAUGUCGUUCGCCUUGGGCGGCGGCUCGGUCAGCAGCCUGAUGGUAAGCCUGGCCGGGCUGCAGAUAUUCGAUGCGCUGGUCAUCUACGUGACCGGAGACAAUCGCAUCCCGAUCAAGUGCGCCGUGGGCCGCCUCAAUUUUCAGCAGGGAAACGUGACGUUCGACCGUACGAUUCUCGACACGCAGAAAUCCGUACUGCGCGUGAAGGGGCAGCUUUCGCUCAAGAGCCAGGCCGUCAGCGCGGAGGUCGAUGCCGACCCCAAGAGCUUCGAUCUGCUCGACCUCCACGGCGCCGUCAUGAUCGAGGGAAAGCUGCGCACGCCCCGGAUUUCGCUGGGUCGCGUCGUCCCGAUACCGACUCCGGUCUUCGGCAAUGCCAAGGACGUGCCCUGCGCCAGCCUUUCGCAGGAGUUGCUUGCAGCCCAGUGAUCAGGAGCGCGGGAGAGACGGUUGGGACAACUUGCUUUAGCGUAGGCGCCUCACAAAGGAGCCCCGCGUCAAUGUCUGUUCCCCACGGCCCGCUGCAGGGCGUCAAGGUCGUCUCCUGUUCCACCGCGCAGGCGGGCACCGUUCCCUGGAUGCUGAUGGCCGAUCUCGGCGCCGACGUGAUCAAGAUCGAAUCGCCGCAGGGCGGCGACCCGUCGCGUCGCAUGACCGUCCUGCCGGGCAUGGGCAGCACUUUCUUCGAGGCGAACAAUCGUGGCGUGAAGAGCGUGACGCUCAACCUCAAGAGUGAGGAUGGGCGCGCGAUCCUGCGCAAGCUGGUCGCCGAGGCCGAUAUCUUCGGCCAGAAUUUUCGGCCAGGUGCGGCCGAGAAGAACGGCUUCGGCUGGGAGGAUUUGCGCAAGGUCAAUCCGAAGCUCGUCUAUGUCUCGAUCUCCGGCUACGGGCCCGACGGCCCGCAUGCCCAUCUGCCGGGAACCGAUUCGAUGGCGCAGGCGCUGGGCGGCAUCGCCGAAGCCUAUUCCACGGCCGGCCAGAAGAUGAAGACCGGUGUCGUGUCGGUGGCCGACGAAACCUGUGCGAUCCUCGCUUUCGGCGGCGCACUGGCGGCGCUGACUCAUGCGCGCACGACGGGCGUGGGCCAGAAGAUCGAUCUCUCGCUGCUCGGCGGCCAGGUCCGCCUGAUGGGCUGGACACUGCAGACCGCGAUGUGGCGCAAUCAGAAUCCCGUCACCGGACAGGCGCGCGUCACCGGCACGCGCGAGCGGCCCGGCAUCAGCGCGAGCUUCGACGAUUGCGACGGCAAGCCGCUGGUCUUCCAGCUGACCGGUCCCGGACAACUGGAAGGAUGCGAUGACCGCGCUCGGGUUCUACGAGCGUCUCGAAAAGGCGGGUUUCGCCGAUCUCGGGGUGAUCAUCGACGAUGA